UCACGCAAAAUAGAAAAUGCCAAAUAGAUGUAUUGUGGCUGGUUGCUCUAAUGUCUCUAAUGUAAAAAAAGGAGUCUCGCUUCAUUUCAUACCGUUUUCCGGAGAUGAAAGGCCAGAAGCCAAAAUAAGACGUAAACAAUGGAUUGAUUUCGUACGGUUGAAACGGGCAAAAUGGGAUCCAACACCUAAUUCCAGUAUUUGCUCAGCACAUUUCGCAAAAGAAGAUUUUUCGCAAAUGUUUUCUGGUCUGUCGGCUAAAGUACCUAGAUUAGCUACCGAUGAGAUUGGCGUCGUGGCAGUCCCUAAAUAUAAUAUUGCAGCUGAAUGUCCCCCGUCAGCAAGAGCCAAGAGAAGGGUUUUAAAGGAAGCAUUGUCCACAAGUUUGUCUCGACCAGGAGAAUCAGAAGAAGAGCCAGAGGAUUUCGAACACUGCGUGCCAAUGGAAUUAAAUGUGGAUGAAGAGAUACCAAGCGAUGUUCCUUGCAGCAAAACAAACAGCGCUUUGACUCAGACAGAUGGUUGUGUUGGUUGUGCGUACCUACUGAAAGAGAAAAGGAAAACAUGGAACAAAUAUGUAGCUCUGAAAGCAAAAUACGAUGAAUUAGUGAAAGCCAAACGUUCUAAAGGUGUUCAGUGCAAUAUACUGAAUGAUGAAGAGGUCAUUCAGCACAGAGCUGAAUCUGAAAUGACGGCAGGCAACGACGUAAAUGAAGAGUCUGAAGACAGCGAAGUUGAAAUGGACACGGUUGCGGGCGACGAUUUUAAAAUAGAAGACGAGGCUGAAUCGGGAAGAUCGGAAUUUGAUGAAUUAGAAGAUGAAUGCAGAAGGAAUCCUAGAGAAAACAUACGGAAGGAAGAAAAAUACAUUGUUUUCCAAUCGCAGUUGAUGUUACUGUUUAAAUUUUGCCAUGUUUGCAAGGCAGAUAACCCACUCGCAGAAAUGGUAACAGAUGGUACACUAGUUGUUGUCAAAACAACCUGUGGAAGCCCCGCGUGCGAUGAAAGGAAUAACAUCUGGAAAAGUCAGCCACUUUUGCCAAACACAAAAGUAAAUGCAGGAGACUUCCUUUUAAGUUUUGCCAUACUUGUUUCUGGAGGAUCUUCCACCAAAGUGAUCAACAUGUUUCGACACAUGGGGCUUGCUACAAUAUCUAAUGAGUCUUUCUAUAGACACCAAGUGAAAAUGGUGCUUCCGACAAUCUUUCUUCACUGGAAAGACUAUCAAAGAAAGAUUCUUGAUAGAUUACAGGCUCUGGAAUCAAUUACCAUUUCUGGUGACGCACGACAUGACAGCAUAGGUCAUAGUGCAAAAUAUGGUGCUUAUACAAUAUUUUCUUGUACUUCAGCUGAAAUAAUCGAUGUUAGUUUGAUCCAGAGAAAUGAGGUUGGAAGCAGCACAGGAAUGGAAUUCGAAGGUUUUCAGAGGUGUUUGAAUUUUUUGUUGGAUGAUGGUCUGAACAUUUCCACAAUGGUGUCAGACACGCAUCAAACCAUUGCUAAAUACAUGAGAGAGAAACAACCAAGAAUUACCCACUAUUUUGACCUAUGGCACUUGAAAAAAAAGUUACACAAGGUAUUGAACAAACUUGCAAAAGAGGCAGAUUGUGAAGAACUGGCCGAAUGGGUAAAGCCGUGCAUUAAUCAUUUUUAUUGGAGUGCUACAUCAACACAUUCAGGAAAUGGUAUGGUUAUACUUGCAAAAUUCAAGUCAUUCCUGAGUCAUGUCAUUGACAAGCAUGAUGGAUUAGAUGAUCCAUUGUAUGAUAAAUGUGCUCAUGGUGAACUGACUCCAAGAAACUUCAUCUAA